UCUUCUCAUCAUCAUGUAUCUGACUUUUUUACUCCUGACACUGCAGGUGUUGAGCACCACAGCUUCACACUUUUAUGGAGGAUUAAUGACUUUUAACUCAAGAAGUAACUUUGAUGGAUCAUACAAGGUGGAACUUCGCUUCAAGACGGCCUACCAUCACUGUUCCUCAUAUGAUUACUGGUCAUGCUCGUCUGGAGACUGCGGCACUGAGGACAGUUUUGAGAUGGGUCAAAUAGAUUCAAGUGUUAAUGGUGGCAACUGGUGUCAGUCUGAGGGAAUCAUAACAAGAACCGUUUCCAACAAUGACCCAUUUGAGCUGAUAAACCAGAAUUGCUGCUGGAUUUAUAACACAGUGACAACAGGUGGACCCUGGAGUCUUCUUACACAUAUUGAUCUUGGAGUGAGAUCAGACACCUCAGAGCCCAACAGAUCCCCUAUCACUACCACAUUACCGUUUCUGAGAGUUCCUCAGAACUGUCCAAGGAGGUUCAAUCUUUUAGCCUUUGAUCCUGAUGGUGACCACGUCAGAUGUACAUAUGGACUCGCAUACAAUAAUGAGUGUGGAAUUUGCAACCAACCUGCUGGUUUUACGUUGGAUCAGAAUGAAUGCUCGUUGUCGUAUGACUACACAUCGCUCACAGGAGUUUAUUCGUUUGAGUUGGUACUGGAAGAUUUCCCCAUUAACACGAUCACUCUCUCCUACACAAACCAACCUUCAGUGACUAGAGAUCCAGCCAGUUUCAACAGAGCCCGACGCAUGGUUCGAAGUGUCAAUUUAAUUUAUACAACCACAGAUCCACCGAGUACAACCACAGAUCCACCGAGUACAACCACAGAUCCACCGACAACAACCACAGUUCCACCGACUACAACCACAGUUCCACCGACAACAACCACGGUUCCACCGACAACAACCACAGUUCCACCGACUACCACUACAGUUCCACCGACUACAACCACAGAUCCACCGACCACAACCACAGUUUCACCGACUACAACCACAGUUCCACCGACUACAACCACAGUUCCACCGACUACAACUACAGUUCCACCGACAACAACCACAGUUCCACCGACAACAACCACAGUUCCACCGACUACAACAACAGUUCCACCGACUACAACCCCAGUUCCACUGACUACAACCACAUGUGGACCUUGUACAACCCCAGUUCCACCGACUACAACCCCAGUUCCACCGACUACAACCCCAGUUCCACCGACUACAACCCCAGUUCCACCGACUACAACCCCAAUUCCACCGACUACAACCCCAGUUCCACCAACUACAACCACAGAUCCAAAUUUACCACUGAGCAAAAUUCCUCUUCAAUUUUCUCUCCAAGUUGAUGGUUCAGCUCUAUCUUGCACUGAGGGUGAAUAUAUACCACUGUUCCUCCCACCAACACCUCAACAUGGAGAGCACCUGCAGGCCCGUGUGGAUGAGGAGCUUGAAAUCAGAAUAAAUGCUUUUGCAUAUAUUUCAAGCAUCACUGAUGUCAUAAUAAGUGGACCAUUGUACAGCACAAAAAACAAAGCAACCACUGGGGAGUAUGUGAUUAACUGGACACCAACUCUAGAGAACUCUGGCCAAUACUUUCCAUUUUGCUUCAUUGCAGAAGGACAAUAUGGGUCAAACAUUUACCAGUCUGAAAUGAGGUGUGUCAUUGUAGAGGUGGAUGAAAUCGGACUGACUACAACCACAGUCGCACCGACUACAACCACAGUCGCACCCACUACAACCACAGUCGCACCGACUACAACCACAUUGGCACCGACUACAACCACACUGGCACCGACUACAACCACACUGGCACCGACUACAACCACACUGGCACCGACUACAACCACACUGGCACCGACUACAACCACACUGGCACCGACUACAACCACACUGGCACCGACUACAACCACACUGGCACCGACUACAACCACAGUGGCACCGACUACAACCACAGUGGCACCGACUACAACCACAGUGGCACCGACUACAACCACAGUGGCACCGACUUCAACCACAGUGGCACCGACUACAACCACAGUCGCACCGACAACAACCACAGUGGCACCGACUACAACCACAAAAGCACCGACUACAACCUCAGUCGCACCGACUACAACCACAGUCGUACCGACAACAACCACAGUGGCACCGACUACAACCACAGUCGCACCGACUACAACCACAAAAGCACCGACUACAACCUCAGUCGCACCGACUACAACCACAGUCGUACCGACAACAACCACAGUGGCACCGACUACAACCACAGUCGCACCGACUACAACCACAGUCGCAUCAACAUUACAAGGACCCAAGGCACAUGUAACCUGCUUACAAAACUCAAUGUCAGUGUCAGUUGAGAAGUCUACAAUCAAAAACAUCAAUAACAAACACUUGAGACUGAUAAAUCCUUUUUGCCGGCUUAACUCCAAUAAGACCCAUGUGUUCAUCAGCAUACCUUUAAAUGGUUGUGGCACUGAAAUUGAGGAGACCAAUGAUAACCUUAUCUUCAAGAAUAAAAUCUUUUCGUACGAUGACCCCAGUGACAUUAUAACCAGGACCCACGAACUAGAAAUUGAAUUCAUGUGCAAGUACCAGAAAAGAAGCAACCUUACAAUGGAGUUUGAUACACGCAGACCAGGGAUCAACUUCACAGAGAUUGGCUUCGGCUCAUUCAGCUACGAGUUCGAAUUUUAUCAAUCUGCAAACUUCUACAACGAAAUUGAUGCAAAGUCCUACCCACUGGAGUAUGAUUUGGGUGAGAUGAUCUACAUGCAGAUUGAGCCCAUCACUCCAGUCCAACACACUGAGAUCUUCCUCGAGUCCUGUGUGGCUACACCCUACGAUAAUCCCAACUACCCAAUCUCUUACCCCAUCAUCACAAACGGAUGCAUUGUGGAUGAAACUGUUCAGAUUUUCUCAAAUCACCAACCAUACAUCGAGUUCGGGUUAGAGGCCUUCAAAUUCAUUGGGCUCCACGACCAGGUGUUCAUCAGCUGCUCAAUCAUCAUAUGUGAGGUCAACAACCCCGCCACCCGCUGUUCUCAGGGCUGCACAAACACCACAGUAUCUCCACCAUCCCACCAUCAUCACAAAAGAGAGGCACCAAUCCAGACCGCCAGUCACCUCAUCUCCCAGGGACCCCUGCGACUGAGACGUGCAUCACAGGUCACUGUAAGCCAAGGCGUGAAUCUGAACCUACUAGUCAUUGCUGGCUGUCUCCUAGCAACAGUUGCCAUGGUGUGCGCAGUGCUUGUCUAUAGAUUAAGGACGUCAAGGGUCAGAUACCAACCUCUGCCAUCACACGAGAUAUGAGUGUGAUCGGUGUCUUCUUAACAAAAUAAUUUGUUUAAAAUUUGCAAAAAUACUACAAAGAAAAUGUAUCAUUUUCUUCAACCAUUAGAUUCAUUGUGAAGUCAAGUUUCUUUUAUGUACAAAGACGGUCCAUGAUUUGAUAUCAUUGAGACUCAACUAUUGUAAUGCAUUAUAUUAAGCAAUUAGCCAGACAUCUAUUUGUCGUUUGCAAACUCUGCUACCAAACUUUUAUUUUUUGUAUGGAAUUUUAAACCACAUUGGUCGACUUCUGUUGU